AACACGAUGAGCCCACGAACGAGCUUCUCUGACCAGUACCAGGAAUGCAGUUGCUGGGGAAGGCUUUCCUUCCAGGCGUGAGCGAGAAACUACGUAUAACUUCAGCUCAACUUACAGCCGGAUAGGGUUGCUGAACAAGCAGGAAGAACUGGUUUUAACACACCCACUACAUAAUUGAAGCUUCAACAGAUGAGGAUCGGCCAACUCUAGUUGACUUGAAAGAAAGUCAAACCAGACCUGCAACAUUUCAACAAACACGGCACUUAUAUUUUUCGUUUGUGAGGACAUUCUUCAUUCAACUUCUAUUAAGGACCAUUUCUCUACUGGAUGUGCCACCAUUAUGAGUUGAGCUUGGAUUUUGAAUGCAAUUUCAUUCUUGUGUUUAGAUUUUUGAGGUUGUCUUGGAUUCUUAGAUCAGACCCCUUAAGCAUUAAUGAUAAUGCUGCUCUUUUUGCAAAGGAUUAUAAUUCGUAUGAAAUGGGUUUUUAUUAUUUUGGCUUGUGGCAUCUGGAUUUUGACAGUUUUGUUCAGAACAUGUGUUCAAAAUUCUGUUCAGAAUUCUGUUCAGAAUUCUGUUCAGAAUUCUGUGCUGAAAGAAAAACGGCAUAGCAAACACUGUGCUUGCGGCCACUGUUUGUCACAACCAAACAUUUCACAGUGGUUUGACAGUCAUUUUAAUAAUUCUAUGCAUCCCUUGUUAUCCAAGAAAAAUAUCAACCUUUCUGAUGAUAUUCUGAAGUUUUGGAAUAAACUCCAACCAUACUAUGUCCCUCCUCCAUUCCAAAUGAUGAUGAAGAAGGUGUUUGGGCUUUUCCCUGGAGAAGAACAGUACAUGGACCGUGGGCCCUCUCGCUGCCGAACCUGUGCGGUCGUUGGGAACUCCAACAACCUCUUGGGUUCUUCUUAUGGGUCUCAGAUAGAUGACCAUGACUUUGUGAUGAGGAUGAAUGAAGCAAAAACAAUUGGGUAUGAAAAAGAUGUAGGAAGGAGGACAACACAUCACUUCCUGUACCCUGAGAGUGCCAUCGACCUGGAGAACAACACCAAUUUGGUGCUAAUACCCUUCAAAAUGAGAGACUUUGAGUGGCUUAUCAGUGUAAUAACUGAUGGAUCUAUCACAGUCACCUAUCGACGUGUACCUGCAAGGAUUAAAUUUAACAAGGAAAAGGUCUUGUUCUACAAUCCAGCUUUCUUAAAGUACGUGAAGGAACAGUGGGUCAAAACCCAUAAGUACCCCUCAACAGGAAUGCUUGUUCUCCUGUUUGCUAUCCAUAUCUGUGAUGAGGUAAGUGUCUAUGGAUACGGUGCAGACCGUUACGGACUUUGGAAACACUACUGGGAGAAAAUACAAGGCACCAAGCUUGUGUCUAAACACAGCGGGAACAAAGAAUACGACAUCUUACAGUUGCUCCAUGAAGCUGGGAAAAUCAAGCUCAGCAAAGGGAGUAAUUUGUAAGCAACAUGAAAGAGAAAUGGCCCACAUAUUGACCAAUAAAUACACAUUGAAGGUUAAGGUAUUUACUAGGUUGCUUUUUUCUAACUGUAAACUGGAAUGGGCAUUUUCAGGAAGGGUAAAUAUUUGAAAUUGAUUCAAUUUGCAGUUGAACAUUUCUAAAUGUAUUGACAUGUUUUGUAUGAUGUCUUUUAAUGUAUUGACUCAUUAUAUCUACUGUAUUCUAUAUCACAUUGUUCUUCAUUACAUACAAUUUAUCUAUGCAUGUAGCUACAUGCUGGAAAAAAAGAAGGAGAUUAUCCGAUGGAGAUGAUUACAGGUUACUUGUGGAUGCUUGUAUUUGUGUUCGCCUGUGCACUACGCUGGUCGCGCAAGGCUACUUGUUCAUUAGGCUACGUGUUUAUUAGGGUGAUGGUAAAUAUUGGACAUGGACAUGGAAACAUUGAAAUUCAAAUUUGUUAAAUAAACAUAUUUAUAUUGUUAUUUAUA